AUGAAUGGGAUUGCACCAGGUUGGAAAAGGAUGCACAAUUAUAAUGAUGCUGCAAAUGGGAGAAUUUGGAUUAUAUGGGAUGAUAGCUGGUAUGAUGUUCAGCAAAUAAAUAGAUCAGCUCAGUUGAUACAUUGCCAAGUAAAGGAAAGAAGCAAAGGAUUUCAGUUUAAUUUCUCAGUUAUAUAUGGUUUUAAUACUAUAGAGCAAAGGAAGAGUUUAUGGACUGAUUUGAAUAAGAUGGCUCAAAAUGUGAUAUCUCCUUGGCUCAUAAUUGGAGACUUUAAUGCUGUUUUAUCCCCACAAGAUAGACAAGCUGGAGCUCCUGUUAAUGAAAGUGAGAUAAGGGAUUUUGCAGACUGUGUUAAAACUAUGGGCAUUCAUGAAUUACAGUGGAAAGGAAGUUACUAUACUUGGAGGAAUAAGCAGAUAGGUAAUACCAGAGUUUUAAGCAGGAUUGAUAGAGCCUUUGGGAAUGAUGAAUGGAUGGAUAAAUGGGGACAUGUCAUAUUAGAAUAUGGCAAUCCAGGAGUAUCAGAUCAUAGCACAAUGCAACUGGUUCUUCAUCAAAGCAAUCAACAUGUAAGGGCAAGUUUUAAAUUCUUCAAUAUAUGGGUAGAACAUGAAUCAUUCUUAGGCCUGGUGGAGAAAGUAUGGAAGAAGGAGAAAGAUAGGGAUGCAAUGGAAAAGGUGUGGAAUAAGUUGAAAGCUCUCCAACCUGUACUGAAGCAGCUGAAUAGGAAAGAGUUCAAAUAUAUCAGUAACCAGAUAGAGGAAGCUAGAAAUGAGUUGGGUGAUAUUCAAUAUCAGCUGUAUCAUCAAGCAAGGUAUGAGUUAGUUGCUAAAGAAAAAGAACUCUUACUAAAACUUGAAAAGUGGUCCUUGAUUGAAGAAAGUGCUCUUAGACAAAAAGCUAGAGCAAAGUGGAUUAAGUUGGGGGAUGCAAAUAACAAAUAUUUCAGCUCAGUGAUAAAAGAGAGAAGUCAGAAAAAGAAUAUAAGGAGUUUGAUGUCACUAGAUGGAAGGAAACUGUCAGAACCUCAAGAGAUUCAAGAUGAAUUUGUCCUAUUCUAUAAAAGCUUAAUGGGAACAGCAGCAGAAAAAUUGGCAGCUAUAGAUGUUCAGGUAAUGAAAAGGGGUUUCAUCCCAGGGAGGAAAAUUGGAGAUAAUAUAAUCCUAGCUCAUGAACUGGUAAAGGCAUAUACUAGGAAGAAUGUUUCUCCAAGAAGUAUGCUAAAAAUUGAUCUGCAAAAAGCUUAUGAUUCAGUAGAAUGGCCAUACUUGGAACAGGUGAUGGAGGGUCUGGGAUUUCCUGAACUAUUCAUUCAUUGGGUAAUGCAGUGUGUUAAAACAGUGAACUAUACAAUUGUGGUGAAUGGUCAGAACACUCAAAGGUUUGAUGCAGCUAAAGGACUCAGACAAGGAGAUCCAAUGUCACCAUUCCUAUUUACUAUAGCUAUGGAGUACUUUAGUAGAUUGCUCAAAGGCCUCAAAGAAGACACGAAUUUCAAAUAUCAUCCAAAGUGUGCUAAGCUGGAUAUAACUCACUUGUGUUUUGCAGAUGAUCUUCUGUUAUUCUCUAGAGGUGAUCUUAAGUCUAUAAAGGCAAUACAAACAUGUUUCUCAGAGUUCUCUCAAGCCUUAGGUCUGCAAGCAAAUCUCAACAAGAGCUCAAUUUAUUGUGGAGGAAUUUAG